UGUAUAGUUAGCAUAUUUAGCAUAGUUAGCAUAUUUAGUAUAGUUAGUAUUAUUUAUUAGCACAGUAAGCAUAGGUGGCAUUGUUAGUAUCAUUAGUUAGUAUUAGUUAGCAUACUAUAGUUUUGUUUGUUAGCAUAGUUAGCAUAGUUAGCAUUGUCAGUGUAGCUAGCAGAUGACCAUGCUUCCGGACCGUGCGGCCACCGCUGCUGUUGACGUGCCGCCCCAUAUUAACAGCUAUGAGUUCAUUGAGACGGUGGGUGAGGGGGGCUUCGGCACGGUGUGGUUAGCCCGCCACAUCCCGACCUGGACGGAAGUGGCCAUUAAAGUCAUUGAAAAGAAGCAACAGACCCCCUCCAGAAUCAAGAAACUUGGCCGUGAAGUGCAGAUUAUGAAGGCUGUGAAUCAUCCGAAUAUCGUUCAGUUGUUGGAGGUGAUUGACACCGAAGAGUUGUUACUCCUCGUUAUGGAGUAUGUUCCUGGAGGAAACAUGUAUGGUUAUAUAGAAACCCACCGCCACGGCUGCCUGAAAGAGGAAGAGGCCCGAGUGAUGUUCCGGCAGUUGGUUUCAGCCAUCCACUACUGCCAUGGGAAAGGCAUUGUCCACCGGGACCUGAAGCCGGAGAACAUUCUUCUGGAUGAGGACCUGAAUGUAAAACUGGCAGACUUCGGUCUGAGCACUGUGUUUCUGGGCCGCAAGCUGGGGUCCAUCUGCGGUACCGUGUCUUACGCUGCCCCGGAGAUCUUGCUGCGCCGAAAGUACCACGGCCCACCAGUCGACGUCUGGAGCCUUGGUGUCGUGCUCUAUGUUAUGCUCACAGGUUGCCUGCCUUUCCCAGGAGAGGACGUCGCAACACUGAGGCAGCAGGUACUCAGAGGGCGAAUCCGGUUCCCUUAUCUAGCCUUAACACCUGACUGUGUUCAACUGUUGCACAAAAUGAUGACCAUCACCCCCAGCCAGAGAAUAACUUUAGAAGAUCUCAUGAACGACCCGUGGGUCAACACGGGCCAGGAGGACCUCAGGCCUUACAGGGAGCUUCCUGGUGAUUACAGGGACCCCUGGGUGAUAGAGGAAAUGAUGAACAUGGGCUUUAAGUGGGGCAAGAUCCGACAUUCAUUAAAAAGAAGGCAGUUUGAUGAGGUAAUGGCCACGUACCUAAUAUUAAGGGCUCAGAAACCCGAGGGAGAGUUCAUCACUGUAAGGUCCUGCCUCCCACCUGUCCCCAACACCCAGCGUUCUCUCCAGAUCCUGGAGGUGCAGCCAGAGGUCUCUGCGCCCACCGGAACCGGCAGUCAGAGUGCACCGGUGCUGCCCACCUGGUUCCGCAGGGCAGAUGAGCGGCCUGAAGAGAAGCAGGAGUCAGGGCUGAAGGCCACAGAACCUGCCAGUCCCCUCCCCAGCCUGGAGUCGAGGACCGCCACCCCCAGCCCAGCACCCCAGCGUGGCCCUGGGGCCUUGCCCUCCACCCACUGCACCGGCAACCGUAGUGGAGCCCCGGGGAACACCAAGUGCCCCCACGGCGGGUGCGGCAGUGGAGACUGCGCCGACGCUGGGCAGCCUGAUGGGGCGACCCCAGCUUCUCCCUCUGGCCCCAGCCAGGACCAACAGGGGGCCGCUGGGAGACUCCUAGACUUUAUAAGUGGGUUCUGUUUUUGCCUGCCCAGCGAGAAGCAUGGCAAACGCAACAGAGUGAGGCCACCGUGA